CUGUUACGCGACGAAACGCCCCUGCUCGGCUCCCCUCGUCUCCGCCCACCCACCGCGUCCAGCAGCCAGAGACGCAGGCAGAACCCGAGCGGCAUCUUUUCUCCACCUCCCACGCGCCAAAUGACCCUUCUGCCCUCCCGGGAUCUCCAUCUUCUCCCCCCUUCCCCUUCCGGUAUAAACCCACCGACGACGCGACGGGACUCCCCCCUCCCUCCCUCCCUCCGCCCGUUCGUUCCCCAACAGCACAGCACGAAGACACUAGACAGCAGCCGCCGCCGCCGCCGCCUUCGCCCGCGUAACCGGGACAGCGUACGCGCACGGUGGAUCGCACGGUGUGCCGGCGAUGAUGGCGGGGAACGAGGACCAGCUGCGGGCGGUGGCGGCGCGGGCCGUCACCGACUCGCUGCGCGCGGCCGCGUCCCGCUGCUCGGCCGCCGACCGCGCCGCGCGCUUCCGGGACUGCGUCCGCAGCCUCGAGGCCGAGAAGGCCAAGAUGGAGGUCUUCCGCCGGGAGCUCCCCAUCAGCGUCCACCUCGUCGCCGACGUGAUCGACUGGCUCAAGGAGGAGCUCGCGCAGCACCGCCGCCGCCCGUCGGACCUCUUCGCGCCACCAGCGCCGCCGCCGCCGGCAAAGGACGGAGCCGUCUUGGCGGACGCGGACGCCAACGACAAGCGCAGCUGGAUGAGCUCCGUGCAGCUCUGGAGCUGCGGUAGCCACGACGACAGCACCGCCAACACCAACGGCGCCGCCGCCGCCGCCCACAAGGUGUCCAGCGCGUUCGUGGCACUGGCCGCCAGCCCGCCGGCGCCGACGCUGGCGAGGCCAUCCGGCGACGCGGCGGGUAAGCCCGGAGCCAGCGCCAGCGCCAUGCCGGUCGCGGACCUGUCCCUCUCGUCCCCGGCGGCCGCCGCCUCUCCGAGCGCCGCCAGCAGCGCCGUCACGGACGCGGCCGGGGCGCACCGCCGGCAACAUGCGCAGCAGAGGAAGGCGAGGAGGUGCUGGUCGCCCGGGCUGCACCGCCGCUUCGUCGCCGCCCUGCAGCGGCUCGGCGGCGCGCAAGUCGCCACGCCGAAGCAGAUCAGAGAGCUGAUGAAGGUGGACGGGCUCACCAACGACGAGGUCAAGAGCCACCUGCAGAAAUACAGGCUGCACACGCGGCGCGCGUCGUCGGACGGCGGCGACCAGCACGCGGGCGGGCUGUGGUCGUCGGCGCCGGAGCAGCAGUACACGACGUCGCAGCACAGCACGUCGCAGUCGCAGUCGCAGUCCGGGUCGCCGCAGGGGCCGCUGCAGCUGGCGGUGUCGAGCAGGGCCAUGUCGGCCACCGCCGGGGACAGCUGCGACGCCGGCGACGAGGCCCAGGGCGGCCGGUCGGAGAGCUACGGCUGGGAGAUGCCGCAGCACGGGACGAAGGCGUCGUCGUCUUGAUGAUCCUUGUCCUUGGACGGGAUCACAAUUCACAACAGUAUAGAAGACGGUGCGGCGUGGGGCAUGGUACUGAGGACAACUGCGGAAGAGGCGGCAUUUUUUGUACAGGCGUUGAGAUGAUUUCAUUUUUCCCCCUUCCUUUUUUUUCUGGUAGAGGGAGGAGGAUGUGAUGGUGAAGAUGAACUGAUCUGGUGUUGUUGAUCGAGAGUGAGGCAUAUGAGAUGAGAUGUUAUUUUUUACAUCCCAUUGUACAAUCUGGAGGCUGGAUCGCGUUGUUUUAACGGGGAUGGAUCGGUUUUCGCAUCUACGAAAGGAGGGUGAGGAUUGCUAGCGUUGCUGCCUGACAUGGGAAUACACGUCUGCCAUCUCUGCUGUUCUUGCAAUCUGAUGCAGAUUGAUCCA